AUGGCUUCAGUUACCUCGUUGGAUAAGGACCUGCGCAACAUGCGCCUGUCCCGCUAUACCCCGCAGGCCGCCGCGGAGGUGCGCGACUGGAUCGAGGAAAUGCUGCAGGAGAAACUGCCAUCGCCAGACUUGUUGGAGGGCCUCAAGAGCGGUAUUGCGCUUUGCAGGUUGGUGAACCUCGCCGUGUCACCAGGCGUGAAGUUUAAGCAGUUGUCGGCGCCGUUUGUACAGAUGGAGAACAUUUCUCAUUUCCUGCGCGCAUGCCAACUGCCUCCCCUCAGUCUACCCCCACACGACGUCUUCCUGACAGUCGAUCUAUACGAAGCCAAAGACCCGGCGCAAGUCCUUCAGUGUCUGGCAGCUUUCAGUCGACGGGCCAAUGCGAUUGCACCGAAUAAGUUCUCACGUACCGUUGGGCCGCAAAGCAAACGCGGCGUGAUCAGCCCGGAUGCGACAGGGUCCUCGAGUGGAGGAUACACACCCCGCUCAGCCCGUUCCUCGAGCAAUGUUGGCGACGCGGGACCCCCUCUUCCAGCUCGAGCAGGCAGUCCCGCCAAACCUUCUGGAUCAUACAGUACUUGGACUAAGAAGGGAGACGAGCAGGGGACUACGCCGGCUUGGAACAUUCAUCAGUAUGGUUACAUGGGUGGCGCCAGCCAAGGCAACCAAGGCGUCGCCUUUGGCGCUCGUCGACAAAUCACCACCCCAGGGCCCGCUGUUCCUAGCCUUGCAGAAAAAGAGAAGCGAAGGCGCGAAGAGGAAGACAGAAUUCGCCAAGAGAACGCAGAGAGGGAUGAAGCGGAACGGACACGCCAGGCGCAGAUUCAGGAAGGAGAGGCCCGCGCUAAAGCAGAAGAGGACCGCCGAUGGGAAGAGGAAACCGCCCGUGCAAGAGAACAGGAACGCCUCAAGGUGGAAGCUGAGAGAAAGAAAUGGGACGAGGAAAAGCGUCAAUGGGAGGCAGAGGAGCAACGUCGUCUGGCAGAAGAGAAGGAAGCCGAGGAGCGAUUUGAAAAGGAGCGCCAGCAAAGACGGAGCCUCAAUGAUAAUCGCCUCAAUGGCCAGUUCUUGAGUCAGUACCAGGCCUCCAAUUCUCAGACCAGCGAUGCGUCCAGUGGAGUGAGAUCGGUCGAGGAAACACCAGAAAGUCUCCGCAUCAAAGAGCUCGAGCGUGAGCUACAGCUAGCAAAGGAACGGGAGCGCGAGUACGAGUCCGAGCGACUUCAACCUCGCAACACUGGCGAAAAGCCCGAGCCUCGUAGUCAAAGUCGCUCUCGUCCCGUACCCGUACCCCCUAAGCCAAGCUACGAUCUGUCUUCCCUCGAGCAAGAACGGCGACUUCUGCGCACAGAGUGGCAAAACACUCAAGAUAUGCCAGCGACCUCCGAAGAGCCUGAACCCGCUCAAGAGCAAGCUCCACCUCCACCAGCUCGCCCACUUCCCUCGCCUCGCCCACUCCCCGAGCCGAAGCCAUCUUCUUUCUCUGCACAGCCCGUUCUUCCGCCCAGGGAGCUCCCCCAACCUCCUCGACCCUUGCCAGACCCCGUGGCAUAUCAUGCCAAGCGGAACAGCGAGAAUCGUGUGGAUAACUUCCUCUCCUCCAAUCCAGCACCUGCAGCCCCGGCUCCAGCAACUCACCAAUUCCAAGACUACACAACGACUACCGAAGUCGAUGCCGAGAACCGGCGCCGGGAAGCAUCGCAGCAGAAGACCAAGGCCGGUGGCUGGGCAUCCAAGUCUCUUUUGGAGCGUGAGAUGGAGCGUGAACGUGCUCGCCAACAGGAGUGGGAAGAGAAUCAAAAGCAGACAGCUGCCGCGGUUGAGCGGGGUGUCAACGAUCCUACUCACGGCUCGGGCCCCGGUCAGUCCUGGGACGUUCAUCAGUAUGGCUACAUGGGCGGCGAUAACCAAAAUCGCGGUGGCAUGGGCCUUGGUGUUGGUGGUGCAAGACGCCAGAUCAUUGGGCCUCGGCCGCCACCAUGA